AAAGAUUUAAAACUUUCAAUCAAGCUGCACAAACAAUAUCCAAGGCACGUGAUAGGAUUCGAUACAGCGUAUUAUGAAGAAGACGGUUACUCUACUCUUUAUUAUCUUACUCAACAUCUCUCCCAACAAGAGAAUGGCUACCAAACGAUACCCUUGUACCUACACACUGGAGAAACUAGCUGGCCCGAUGACUUAAUGACCAGCUCUUUCGAGGACAACCCGGUGCCAACAUUGGAGAAUACGUAUGAGAGCAUUUUGUUGAACUCAAGGAGAAUUGGACACGGGAAAGGCUUCAUUAAGAAACCAUACUUGCUGCAGAAGUUGAAAGAAAGAAGAAUUGCUGUUGAAAUUUGCCUCACCAGUAAUCAAAUUUUAGGCAUGGAGCCGGAUUUACGAAACCAUUACGGUCAAAUCAUGUACAAAAUGGGCAUCCCAAUCGUCUUAUCUCCAGAUGAUCCAGGCACCUUCGGGUACGACAGCCACACAAUCGACUGGUACAGUGCAUUCAUGUCCUGGGGUCUCAAUUUGGGAGAUCUGAAACAGUUGGCCCUGAACUCUUUGACUUACAGCGGAAUGACGAGAGAUGAGAGAGAAACUGCGAUAAACAAAAAGUGGUUACCAAGCUGGGAUCUUUACAUCAAGAACACAGCA